AGAAAUUGAGGAGAUGUCUUCAGAAGGGACUAUGAGUGUAGUGGGAAGUGAGUUCGGAGAGGACGGUGGAGGAGAGAAGGGAGCGAGGGUAGUAGAAGAGGAGGAAGAUGAAAUUCCCUCCAAUGUUAUAGAGGUUGAGGGUAACGGAGAUGGGUGCUAUGACCCAGAUUUAGACAUUGUAUUCGAGGUGAGGGGGUAUGUGAGUGAAUUGGGUAGUAGGAGUAGCCUCAAGGGUCUGGUAGGGAACUGUAGCCUUCCUCACCAUGUCCUAAUUAGGCCUGCCGAGGUGAAUGAGAGAGCAUGCUCAGCACCCCGAGACCACUGGAUGCCCAUGUAUGUCUAUUAUUUGGUGGCAGGGCUUAGGUUUCCCAUUCCAGAAUUACUGGUUGGGCUAUUGUUAGAUUAUAGUAUAGGAAUAACCCAAUUAACCCCAAAUGCCAUAAGGGCUGGGGGUAAGGGGGAGAAGGGGUGGUACUACUUCGGCCCUCGGUCGUCCAGCAAAGAGAAUAGGAGUUUAUUUACUUCUGGACCGUCAUCCAUCAAAGGAUGGAAAGAGAAAUUCUUCUUUGUGGAUGACACCGAGUGGAGCAGGGGGGAUGCCGAAGUAGAACAAUUGUCUGCUUGGAAAGCUAAGAAGACCAAGCAGAACAAUUAUAAGUUGAAUGAGGAUGAGGUGGAGGAAGUAGGGAAGCUGGUGAGGGAAGAAGGGGAUUUAGUGGAUAUUAUGUACCUCACCAGCGCAGGGGCAAUAAAGGCUGUUGAGCUCUAUGGGCCAAGCUCAUUGAGCGAAGCUGAAAUGGACGGCUUUUUGAAUGCUGCUGGGGGGCUGCCUAUCCCAAAGAAGCCAAGGAAGAAGUCAAAGACUUCAACUGCGGCAGAAAAGGGGGUGGCAGAGAGGGAGCGGCUGUCCAGCACUUCUGCCCGGGCUUUGGAGAUGCAACCAAGGCCAGAGCCUGCGAUGGGGGGCAGUGAGGAGGUGAGCGAGGAGGUGGCACCGCUCCAGAGGAAGAAGAGGAAGGUGGCAGAACUAGAAGUUAGGAGGGAUGAGGUGAUUGAGUUCGUGCCUUGCCCUUCUCCUCCUGAAAUUGAUCCUGAAGUUAGGGAGAGAAAGGAGGCCGAGGUGCGAGGCCCUAAAAAGGGCAAGGAACUCAUCCCUCCUCCUUCGUUCCAGAAGAGCUUGUUUGAGGCAACGAACACUACUGGAGCGAAGCGGUUCCUCAACGCCAUGCUUCUUGAGGUGGAUAGGAGGCAGGCGAGGCAAGAGGCGGUGAGCCACCUGGGUGCCCGCGUUGUAAGGCACACCUUGGAGAGUGCGAGCUGGGUCAACGCUCUUGCGCAUGAGUAUGCAGAGAGCAAGGAAAAGGAGGAGCUGCAGAAAAGGAACAAUGAUAUGCAGAGGAAACUGGAUGAAGUGCUGCCAUCAGUGACCGAACUCCAAAAUGACAAUGACACCUUAAGCACGAGACUCGUCUUCGAAGAACGUAAGAGGAAGAUUUGUGAAGACAAGCUCGAGGCUCAGGACAAAUACAUUGACAACAUGAAGAAAGGAGUGGCGGAGCUGAAGAAGAACGUGAAUUUGCUGGUUCACAAUGGAAUGGAGGAGCACAUUGGCAACUUCCUCAAAUCUAGCACCUUCGAGAGCAUCAUCAACCUCUACCGGCUACCGACCGCAAUGGUGGCCUUCACCGACUGUAGAAAGAAGGUGAAGGCUCAGUAUCCAGAGGUGGACGUGACAACGGUCACUUUUGGGGAACAAGAAGAAGGAGUGGAGGAGGAUGGUGAGAGCCUCUCUGCAGACUUCCGGCCUCUAAUCAAGCUGAGGUGGGAACAUGGGAAUCCUCCUCCUGAGGUGCAUCCAGUUUCCUCUAGCGAAGUGCAGCAGAUAGCUCCUUCUGAAGCAGAAGUGCCACCUCUGCCUGCUGGGGAUGAGCCACCUCAACCACCUCUUCCUGCUGAGGAGCAACCUCCUCCCUCAGCAGAUUAGCUUAGGAUUUUUUGUUUUGUUUUUGUUAAUUGUGUUUGUAAUAAGCAACAAUUUUGUAAUUGAUUUUCAUUAAUUUAUAAAAAUUUUUAAAGUUAUUUGUGACUUGCAUAUUUUGAUGUUUGUUUGUUGUUUUUGUUUCAAGUAAAUCACUUCGGAUAAAAUAAAGUGACUUUAGUUAA